AUGAUUGGUUUAUUUAAAGAUGAAUGGUUUAAUAUAUCUAUAUUAAACGAUAAUUUAUUUUUAAAGAGAUAUUGUUAUGAAAGCAAUAAUAACAAUAACAAUAAUAAUACACUUUAUACAAUAAUCGUACCAUUUGAUAAAUCAAUUAAUCCAUCCCAAUUCGAUCCUUCAACAAUUAAUGAUUAUUUCAUAUUUUUAUAUAAAAAUACAAAAAAAAUAAAUUUAAAUAGUAUAAAUAAAUUACAAUAUAAAAGUAAUAAAAAAGAGAUACUAGUAUCAUUUGAUAUUACUUAUAUUCAUAAUAGUAAUAAUAAUAACAAUAAUAAUAAUAAUAAACUUAAAUCAGUAUUAAUUUCAAAUAGUUGUUCAAAGAAAUUGAAUUUAUUUAAUAAUGAUAUUGUUCAUUUAAAACCAAUUAAAAAGAAAUUAACAGUAUUACAAAGAGUAGUUUUAUUAGCAAAUGAUAAUGAAUCAUUUAUUGAAUCUUCAAAUCCAUCCGAAUCAUCAUCAUCAACAACAACAAUAAAUUCAAAAUAUUUAGUUAAUGAAGAAUUUAGAAAUUAUUUAGUAGAGAAUUCAAUAUUAUUUCAAAGUCCAAAUAAUAUAGUUAUAGAAAAUCAUCAAAAACAUAAAUCAUUUUCAUACAAAGUGUUGGAAUGUUUCCCAUUACUUCAAGGUACUGUUUCAAAUUCAACAACUAUCAUUAUCAUUAGUCCUGAUGAUAAAAUUUUAAAUACAUUACCAUCAAAUAAUAAUAAUAAUAAUAAUAAUAAUAAUAAUAAUAAUAAUAAUAAUAAUAAUAAUAAUAAUAAUAAUAAUAAUAAUAAUAAUAAUAAUAAUAAUAAAGAAGAGGAAGUAGAGGAAGAAGAAGUAGAAGUAGAAGAAGAGGAAAAAGAUAAUAAAUUAAAAUUAAAUAAUAAUUUAAGAUUAUCAAAUUUUAUUAUUCAUCCAAUAAUUAAUAUUAGUAAUAAUACAACAACCAAAAAUGAAGACAUAGGUGACUCAAAUAAUUUAUUUCAUUUCACACCAAGUUCAAAAGGAAUUUUAUCAAAUAAUAAAAAGUUUAUUAAUAUUUCUCAAUUAAAGUCAAUACCAACUGAAAUUGAUUUUGAAUUUGAUAUUUCAAAAGAAUAUGAUUAUUUAGUUGAUUGUUUAGUUUCAUUAAAUACUUUAAAAUCUUUAAAUUUAUUUAAUGGAUCUUGGAUUAAAAUUAAAAAUAUAACUAAUAAUAAUAAUAAUAAUAAUAACAAAGAAUAUGAAAUUGCAAUUAGAAUAUUUUCAAUAACAUCAUCAUUAAAAUUAAAAGAUCAGGUUUUAUAUUUACCACCAAUCUCAAUUUUUAAUUUAAAUAUUGAUUAUAAAAACUUUUUAAAAUUAUCAAAUUAUGAAAUAAUUUCAAAUCAAUUUGAAUUAAUUUUAUUAAAAUCAAAUAAACCAAAUAUUAAUAAUAAUAAUAAUAAUGAUAGUUUUCCAAUUAAUUAUCCAACAGCAAAUAGAAUUAAAAUAUCAAGAAUUAAAAAUCAAAAUUCAAGUGGUUAUAAAUCAUAUUCUCAUCAAUUAGAGAAAUAUUUUCAAAAAAAAAGAUUAUUAAAACAAAAUGAUAUAAUUGUAAUAUCUACAAAAGUAAAUAAUGAAGAAGAAUUAAUAAAUAGUAAUAAUAGUAAUAAUAAUAAUAAUUAUAAUAAUAAUAAUAAUAAUAAUAAUAAUAAUAAUUUAGUUUAUUUUAAAGUUGAAAUAAUACUUUGUAAUCAAUUUGAAAAUAUAAAUGGUAAUCAAAUUUAUUUAAUUGAUAAAAAUACAACAUCAAUAAUUCAAGAAGGUUCAAGUAAUUCAAUGGUACCCAGUAAAAUUGAAUCAUUUUAUUGGAGAGGAGGGGAUCAAGAAGAGUCAAAAGAUAAUUCAAUGGUACCAUUAGAAUUAAUUUAUGAAAAUGAAUUUAAAACUAUAGUUGAUUUAAUAUCACCAUUUUUAAUGGGUGAUAAAUUUUCAUUCGAUUUCAAUUGUACCCUAUUAUUAAAUGGUCCACAAGGUGUUGGAAAAAGAACUUUAUUAAAUAGAGUUGCAAAACAAAUGGGUAUUCAUGUUUAUGAAGUUGAUUGUUAUAAACUUUAUGAUUUCGUUGAAUCUAAAAAAGAUUGGAAUAUUAGAAACGUACUUGAACAAGCUUCAAAUUCAACACCAACUUUAUUAAUUUUAAAAAAUUUUGAAGUUUUAGAACAAACUGCUCAAAGUAUGCAACAAGAAAAGAAAGAAUCAAAUUUAUCACAAACUUUAAUUAAUAUUUUAAAAGAUAUUAAUGAUUCAAAUACUAGUAAUAUAAAUUCAAAUAAAUAUCCAUUAAUUAUAACUGUUACUGUUAAUUCAAUGGAUGAAUUAUCAAAUAAAGUUAGAAAUUGGUUUAAACAUGAAAUUACUUUAAAUUCACCAGAUGAAAAUCAAAGAUUUAAAAUUUUAAAAUAUUUAACAAAAAAUUUACCAAUUGAUAUUGGUAAUACUGUAUCAAUAAAGAAUUUAUCAAUUAGAACAGCAUCAUUUUUAAAUAGUAAUUUAAGAGCAUUAAUUCAAAGAUCAUCAAUUAAUGCAUUAAAGAGAGUAUUAUCAAUUCAACAAAUGAUGAAUGAUGAAAUUAAACCAAUUGAAAUUUAUAAUUGUGGUUUCUUAGUGAUGGGUGAUGAUAUUCAAAAAUCUUUAUCAGAGAUGCAAGAAUAUCAAUCAUCAUCAAUUGGUGCUCCAAAAAUACCAAAUGUAUCAUGGGAUGAUGUUGGUGGUUUGGCAAAUGUAAAGAGUGAAAUUAUGGAUACCAUUCAAUUACCAUUAGAACAUCCACAUUUAUUUGCCAGUGGUAUCGGUAAGAGAUCUGGUAUUCUUUUAUUUGGUCCACCAGGUACUGGUAAAACUCUAUUGGCAAAAGCAAUCGCAACUGAAUGUUCAUUGAAUUUCUUAUCGGUUAAAGGCCCAGAAUUGAUCAAUAUGUACAUUGGUGAAAGUGAAAAGAACAUUAGAGAAAUAUUUAACAAAGCAAGACAAGCCAAACCAUGUGUUAUCUUUUUCGAUGAACUGGAUUCUCUUGCACCAAGUAGAGGUAAUGGUGCUGAUAGUGGUGGUGUUAUGGACCGUGUAGUUUCUCAAUUACUAGCUGAACUUGAUGGUAUGCAAAAAUCAUCUGAUGUAUUCAUCAUUGGUGCAACCAACAGACCCGAUUUAUUAGACUCUUCCUUAAUGAGACCUGGUAGAUUAGAUAGAUUACUCUAUUUAGGUAUAAGCUCAGAAAAAGAAAAUCAAUUUAAAAUACUUCAAGCUCUCACUAGAAAAUUCAAUUUAGCCGAUGAUGUUGAUCUUAGAAAAGUCGUUGAAAAUUGUCCAAUGAAUCUUACUGGUGCUGAUUUCUAUGCAUUAGCCUCUGAUGCAAUGUCAAAUGCUUUUCAUGAAAGAAUUACUGCUUCAAUCAAUGGUGAAAUUAAUGAAGAAGAGCAAAAUCAAAAAUUAAUAGUUUAUCAAAAUCAUUUCAUUAAAGCUGUUAAUUCUUUAGUUCCAUCUGUUUCUUUAGACGAACUCGAAUAUUAUCAUAAAGUUCAAAAACAAUUUAGUGGUAAUAAUAAAUCUUAA